AUGGCUUUUGAGGGGAACAACGCUGCAAAAAAAGAAAACACACGAAAGAGAAGGAUUGAUGAAAUCAAGAAAGCUGACUUUUCAAAACGCAAACUCGGGCUCUUCAACAAAGUAACAGAGCUCUCUAUCUUAUGCAAAGCAAAAACUGCACUCAUCGUCAGAUCGUCCAACAACGAUCUGGAUGCAUGUGGCUAUCCCAAUUGUGACGCUGUUGUUCAACAGUUUCUAACCGGAAAGGUCAUCACGGAGGACUAUGACAAAAAGAAGAAAGAGGAGGUUGUGGAAAUCCAAAGGCUUGAAUAUGAGACAAUUGUAGAUAAACUUAUGGAACUCAAGGAAGAGGAGAAAAAUUUGGAAGCUAUCAAUGAUGAGGCAGAGAAGAGUGGUUAUGGUAUUCCUGAUUGGUGGAAUGGUUCUAUUGAUGAUAUGAGUUUAGAAUCUCUUGAGGAAUUUAAAAGUUCUUUGCAAAAAUUGAAGCUUAAUUUGAGACUUAAUUUAGAUGCAAAGAAGUUAAUGUAG